CAUCACAACAAUGGGAGUGAAAACAAGAUAGAAUUCCAAUCGAAACACAUUCAUUUCAAUUAAUUUCUGACUCGUGUCCUGAGAUUACACAAGUUAUCGACCAAGCAACGUUUAGUAUAUGCUAAGAAAAUUGGACAGUGUCAAGUUGCUCCCCAGUUGCUCUUCAGCACUUCCCUCAGGUCGCAGCGUCUGCAUGAGUAUGUAUAUAACCGAGGGCCACUUGAACCGGCUUCACACUACGUAUACAUUGAGUAGGGGUAAGAGGUUGAAACCCAGGUAAACGUAAAUAGAUAAAUAUAGCGGGAAAUACCGGCACACUAAUAGUAACCAGUCAGGGAAGAGGGUUGGUAUCAGCUUCAUCGCAACAUCGAGUUUAUUUUUACCUGGCGAUAGCGUCCGAUGGUGGUUUUGAAGGUUACCUGAUGACGGCAAUCCUGACCGAUCAUAAAUCUUGAAAGCCUCGUGUUUAACUCAACCUAUCGCUUUGAUAAAUUAUCGAAGAUUGAUAGUUGCAAGAUUCCCAUCUACUCACUAUUCAAGUUGAUUCAGCGGGCAUCCUUGAUCAUUAGUUAUCGCAACAGCUGUCUGGAAUAGACCUCACGUUCGCCGUAUCAAUGGACACAUCUGCAAGAUACUAAUGAGCCAAAAGAUUGGAAAGUGCUUGGAUACAUAACAUGGUGAUAUACUUUGCAACGUUUGAUUAUCAGUUUUGAAUUUGAUACAAGAAUUUGGUGAUCGUUAUUCACGGGAGGAGAGCUGAAAAUAUUGGUGAUACAGUUAGUUGUACAGAAAGGACGUCCUGUAAAAUGAAGCAAUCAUAUUUGCUUUUGGUCGGCUUGUUCGCUGUGUUGUAUUUUCAAGAACUGGAAGGCAACCCUGAUGCCCGUAGGCUGUACGAUGAUUUGUUCAAAAAACGAAAGUACAAUAAACUCAUCCGUCCAGUAGGCAACAACACGGACAAACUGACGGUCAAACUGGGAUUGAAGCUGACUCAGCUCAUAGAUGUGGAUGAAAAAAACCAGAUAAUGACAGUUAACGUUUGGUUGUUGCACGAAUGGAAUGAUACCAGUCUGCGCUGGAGACCUACCAAAUAUGGAGGAGUUCAAAAACUAUUCGUGCCUGUUGAUGAUAUUUGGAAACCCGACAUUGUGCUGUAUAAUAAUGCGGACGGUAAUUACCAGAUAACGACAAUGACCAAAGCCACGGUGUACAGCCAUGGGCGUGUCAAAUGGGAGCCACCAGCCAUCUAUAAAAGUUACUGUCCUAUAAACGUCGAGUUCUUCCCAUUUGAUGAACAAAACUGUCAUCUGAAAUUUAGUUCUUGGACAUAUGAUGGGUUUCAAGUGGAUUUAAAACACCGGGAGCAUCCUGACAUAAAAGACGAUGUUCGGGUCGAAAAUGGCAUUGACGUAUCUGCGUACUCAAGAAGCGUUGAGUGGGAUUUGAUGGACGUACCGUUUUCUAGAAACACUAAAUAUUAUUCAUGUUGCCCUGAACCUUAUCCAUCUAUUACCUACAAUAUAACAAUUCGCAGGAAGACUCUCUUCUAUACUGUCAAUCUGAUCAUACCCUGUGUGGCCAUAUCAUUCCUCACAGUGUUAACAUUUUAUCUGCCAUCACACAGUGGAGAGAAAAUCACACUUUGUAUUUCCAUUUUGCUGUCUUUGACUGUGUUCUUCUUGCUGUUGGCAGACUUGAUUCCCCCGACGUCUCUGGUGAUCCCACUAAUCGGGAAGUAUCUGCUUUUUACGAUGAUCCUUGUGUCGUUAAGUAUCAUAGUGACAGUGAUGGUUCUGAACGUCCACUUCCGGUCCCCUGCCACUCACAAAAUGUCUCCUUGGGUGAAGAAAGUGUUCCUGUCCAUCUUGCCUCGUCUACUUCUGAUGAGAAGACCAAAACAAGAGAAUGAAAAAGGGGCCUCAGUAAGCACUGCGAAUGGCGUAGACGUAAGAAGUCCCUACACCGCAGACGCCUACGAUAAUCUGCCCAGUAACGCCAAUGACCCACUGAUAGAAGACUCUGACACGAUGUCAGCGAAGUACCCGUGGCCAAUACAACGAGCUCUCAAGGGCGUCAAAUUCAUUGCAGAUCACUUGAAGUCAGAAGAUCAACAACAUAACGUGGAAGAGGACUGGAAAUUCGUCGCUAUGGUUUUGGAUAGAUUGUUCCUGUGGAUAUUUUCUCUCGCCUGCCUGGUUGGAACUCUUGGUAUCAUAUUGCAAGCACCAACUAUGUAUGAUGGCCGACGCCCGCUUAAUAUAGCAUACAACGACGACUACUCAUAGACUUUGAACAG